AUUCUGUCCGAAGUUCCGGUUCACGAGAGAGUCUCUUUUCGAGAGAGUUUAGGCGGCGCUCGGCAAGAGCGCGCGAGUCACCAAAAUGCGGAUCGACGUUUCGGAACGAGACACCACCAAUGACUAAAAUGUUGUUUUUGGGAAUAUUACUUCUGAGCGUAAUAUUGGUGGAUGGCCAUCUACCACAUGAACUGCCGGAUUAUGUGUUACCCGAUUCAGUGCCCUUAAAAGAUGGUGAUUCGUUCGACUACAUCGUGGUAGGCGCGGGUGGCGCAGGUACUCCUGCCGCGGCGCGGCUGGCGCUGUCCGGCGCUAGCGUGCUGCUGGUGGAGGCAGGCGGUGACCCCAACCUGAAUACCAGGAUCCCUGGACUGUACUCAACGCUACUCGGCUCAGCUCUAGACUGGCAGUACCCAACCGUCACCAAUAACAUGUCAUGUCUCUCAUCUGUGGGCAAACAAUGCCGCUUUGGUCGAGGAAAGUGUCUCGGUGGAUCCACCAGCAUAAACUUCAUGAUGUAUGUUCGAGGUAAUCACCGAGACUAUAAUGAACUUGGCUUUAACGGCUGGGCCUGGGAGGAUCUCAAGCCCUACUUCUUAAAAUAUGAGGGCUUGCAGGACUUGGACAAGUUACCUUAUACUUCUAUUCCGUACCACAACACCACCGGCACUAUGAAAAUAGGAUUUUUUGCUAAUCCUGAAAACAGUUGGCAUUCAAGGACCAUAAGAGGGUAUAGACACCUCAAUUUUCCUUACAACUAUGAUGUAAACGCUAAGUCACAAAUUGGAAUAUCGCAAGUAAUUGGGUACGUACAUGAAGGUGAGCGCAUGAGCACGGCGAGAGGUUACCUAGCACGCGACGACGUCAAAUCAGCACUGAAAGUGACCAAGAAUACACACUGCACAGGCGUCAUCCUGGACAAACGCAAUAAUGCUAUAGGAAUCAAGGCGGUAGUGAAAGGGAGAACACUUCAACUUUACGCGAGAAAAGAAGUUAUUAUUUCAGCCGGCACGAUCGGAACUCCGCAGAUCUUAAUGCUCUCUGGCAUAGGACCGAAGGCACAUUUAAAAGAUCUAGGUAUCCCAGUGCGCGCUGAUUUACCCGUAGGCGAUAGCUUAACUGAUCACGUGUUUCCCCAGCUCUACGUAUCAGUAAAUCCUGACACGUCACUGCCUUCACAAGAUGAAGCCAUGGAGAGGUGGUUGUAUAAUCGCACGGGGCCCCUCGCCUCCAUCGGGAUUACCGACUUAACAGCAUUCCUCAACACACGCUGCUAUGACAUCAUCCAACGGAAACUUAUUUACAACAGCUCUGACUGUGAAAUAUCUACCAUGCAAUUAGCCAAUUCGUACGUUGGGUUGUAUCAACCAAGUUCCAGCUUGAACGAGGGCAUCGCACAACAGCUUACUGCCGCAAACAAAAACAAGGCCCUAAUUUUAUUUGGGCCUUUGGUGCUGCGACCAUUUUCACGCGGCAGUAUUCGUCUUGCCAGCAGGGAUCCUUUACAGAAGCCAUCUAUUUUCCCAAAUUACUUAUCAGACGAGAGGGAUGUCGAUGAGAUGCUGCGCGGUAUAAUUAUCGUGGAGCAUUUAAUGGAAACGCCAGAGUAUAAGGCGCACUAUGCGUCUAUCGUGCACCUAAAGUUGCCUGGUUGUCCGGAGUACGCGAAUGAUCGUGAAGGAUACUGGCGCUGUUACUGCCGGCACAUGACUUCCUCACUGCUGCAUGCAGUGGGUACUGCUCGACUGGGCCCGGUGGUGGACCCUCAGCAGCGCGUGCAUGGCGUGAAGCGCCUGCGAGUGGCAGACCUGAGCGUGCUGCCGGAGGUCCCGCGCGGCAACACUGCCGCCGUCGCCAUCGCAAUUGGGGAGCGCGUAGCCGACGUUAUUUUAAAAGAUGCCAAGAAAUUCUAAGUAGAUUAAAAAUCAGAAGUUUUUUUUAAAUACUAGUCAAUAUUAAAAAGAAGAUAUUAAAUUAGGUAAUAAAUUAAAUUUCUAUUUCCUAUAUGUUUGUAAAUUUCCAGGCACUUGAAUAUAAGACAUUAACUUUUAAUUAUUAGUGUACAUAUGUAUUACUGUAUUUCCCGUUGUAUGUGUUGAUACUAUAUACUUUAAAUAAAAUAUGCUCGUGCAUAAAUAAUAAAUAUUCUAAAAACACCGGAUUUAGUUAAUCAGAUUAAAUUAUUGCAAACACUCAAGUAUAUCAAAAUCUUAGUUUCCUUUAGUGCGUUUUCACAUUACCCGAUCCUAUAUCGGAUGUCGGAACGAUAUCCCAUACAUUAUAGGCGCCAUCUUGGAUUUUUUCUAUUGAAAUCCUUCCGACAUCCGAUAUCGGAUCGGAUAAUGUGAAAACGGUCUUAUACGAUUUAAUUCUAAGACUUAAAAUUUAUGGCCGUAAGAAAUAAUUAUAAACCAAAUAAUAAAUGAUAU